AUGGGGGUGGCAGCGUCCUCCCCCUGCGGCUGGGCACCAGCGCCCACGUGCAGGGCAGCCCCCUCCUCUCCCCUGCUCACACCUCGAGCCCUUGUGCCUUCGGCCCUCACACCUCCACUGCCCACACCUCCAGCCCUUGCACCUCCAGCCAUUGCACCUCCAACCGUUGCACCUCCAGCCCUCACACCUCCAGACCUUGCACCUCCAGCCCUCGCACCUCCAGCCCUCGCACCUCCAGCCCUCGCACCUCCAGCCCUUCCACCUCCAGCCAUUGCACCUCCAGCCGUUGCACCUCCAGCCCUCACACCUCCAGACCUUGCACUUCCAGCCCUCACAUCUCCAGCCCUCGCAUCUCCAGCCCUCACACCUCCAGCCCUCACAUCUCCAGCCCUUGCACCUCCAGCCCUCGCACUUCCAGGCAUUGCACCUCCAGCCCUCACACCUUCAGCCCUCGCACCUCCAGCCCUCGCACCUCCAGCCCUUGCACCUCCAGCCAUUGCACCUCCAGCCGUUGCACCUCCAGCCCUCACACCUCCAGACCUUGCACUUCCAGCCCUCACAUCUCCAGCCCUCGCAUCUCCAGCCCUCACACCUCCAACCCUCACAUCUCCAGCCCUUGCACCUCCAGCCGUUGCACCUCCAGCCCUCACACCUCCAGCCCUUGCACCUCCAGCCCUCACAUCUCCAGCCCUUGCACCUCCAGCCAUUGCACCUCCAGCCCUUGCACCUCCAGCCCUCGCACCUCCAGCCCUUGCACCUCCAGCCAUUGCACCUCCAGCCGUUGCACCUCCAGCCCUCACACCUCCAGACCUUGCACUUCCAGCCCUCACAUCUCCAGCCCUCGCAUCUCCAGCCCUCACACCUCCAGCCCUCACAUCUCCAGCCCUUGCACCUCCAGCCGUUGCACCUCCAGCCCUCACACCUCCAGCCCUUGCACCUCCAGCCCUCACAUCUCCAGCCCUUGCACCUCCAGCCAUUGCACCUCCAGCCCUUGCACCUCCAGCCCUCACACCUCCAGCCGUUGCACCUCCAGCCCUUGCACCUCCAGCCCUUGCACCUCCAGCCAUUGUAACUCCAGAUCUCGCACCUCCAGCCCUUUUACCUCCAGAUCUCACACCUCCAACCCUCACACCUCCAGCCCUCGCACCUCCAGCCCUUGUACUUCCAGCUCUUGCACCUCCAGCCCUCACACCUCCAGCCCUUGCACCUCCAGCCGUUGCACCUCCAGCCCUUGCACCUCCAGCCCUCCAGCCCUCACAUGCGCAGCACUCACCAGCCCAGGCUGGUGGGAGGCACUCGGGGCUAUUUCAGGGGGGACAGGGACGGGCUCGCACAGGGUGCUGA